GCUUCGAGUUCCGGACAAGGAUCCGGCACUCUUGAUUCGAUUGCUGCUGAACGCACUCCCCAUCGAUCCACCUGGCAAUCGCAUUACCUGGCAACCGGGUGGUUGGCUCUAAUACAACUAGCUCUCGAACAGGCCAGUAAAUUGUCGGACCUGCUUACCAACUUCGACAAGACCGUUAAGUUUCUGCGCGACCACAUUGGUCCUACCUCUACCGGUGGACUCAAAACAACUUGGUUUGAUGGCCCCUCCUCCGAGUGGGUAGAAUCCCAGUUGGCGGCCUGGCGAGCUGAUCAGCAUGUGGCGAGCCCUACGCAGGCUCCUGGAGUACUCCUGAUCAGUGGCCCAGGCACUGGAAGAACGUGGCAAUCUCUCAUCAUCAGCUUGCUUCAAAACCUUUUUUCUGUAUAA